CCGCCGCCGCCGCCUCGAGCUCGCGCAGCGCCGCCGCCGCCGCCAUGAAGUUCAACAUCGCCAACCCGACCACCGGGUGCCAGAAGAAGCUCGAGAUCGAUGACGACCAGAAGCUCCGAGCAUUUUUUGACAAGAGGAUCUCCCAGGAAGUCAAUGGUGAUGCUCUUGGCGAGGAAUUCAAGGGCUAUGUAUUCAAGAUCAUGGGAGGCUGUGACAAGCAAGGUUUCCCCAUGAAGCAGGGUGUGCUUACUUCUGGACGUGUCCGCCUUCUCCUCCACAGGGGCACCCCCUGCUUCCGUGGAUAUGGCAGGCGUGACGGUGAGCGCAGAAGAAAGUCUGUCCGUGGUUGCAUUGUCAGCCAAGAUCUCUCUGUCAUCAACUUGGUGAUUGUAAAGAAGGGUGAUAACGACCUUCCUGGUUUGACUGACACUGAGAAGCCCAGGAUGAGGGGACCCAAGAGGGCAUCUAAGAUCAGGAAGUUGUUUAACCUUUCCAAGGAUGAUGAUGUCCGCAAAUAUGUCAACACUUACCGCAGAACCUUCACUACCAAGAAUGGCAAGAAGGUGAGCAAGGCUCCUAAGAUCCAGAGGCUUGUCACUCCCCUGACUCUCCAGAGGAAGAGGGCGAGAAUUGCCCAGAAGAAGCAAAGAAUCGCCAAGAAGAAGUCUGAGGCUGCUGAAUACCAGAAGCUGCUUGCCCAGAGGCUCAAGGAGCAGAGGGAGCGCCGGAGUGAGAGCUUGGCCAAGAGGAGGUCUAAGCUUUCCGUUGCCAAGGCUGCUGCUGCCACCACUGCAUAAGACCCCUAUAAGACCUUAAAAAAUUAUAGAUGAGGAACUGUUUGUCGUUGUGAUGGAUAGACUUCUUCGGUAUUUUGGUGCAGUUUUCUGUGGACAAGAUGAUGCUUUGUCACAAUUUUUGAGCACUUGCAAUUGCUAUGUAUUCUGAUAUAACUUGUGCCACCUAUUUACUUGAUGUUUUUGCCGUUU